UGGCUCUAUAUAAUGAUGCGGAUAUAAUUCAAAAUCAUUUUGUACUCUGGUUGCGACGAGCAAUUGACCUGCCAGCUUCAAAUCCCAGUUUCCUGAUAAGCUGCGCAAAAAUAUCGCAUAUCAGACCAGCGUGAGGAGGAACUCAUUUGAAGAAAAAUAAAUGGCCAAGCACGAUGUCUGGAAAGGCGAAAGCCACGGAGGAGUGCCUUGCGAUGCUUUUGCGGGUGGCUACGACCACGGCGAGAAAAUUUACGUCGGAAGAGCAUUUUUCGAGGGUGGUCUAAUUCCAGGGAAGGUUGUGCCUGCAAACGGGACAGCCUAUAUUCCCUGGGGUUGCAAGGAAAAUGCGGUGUGUUCAUACGAGGUUUUGUGCGGCAAGGGCAAAUACGAUUGGGUGCCAACUACGAUUACAAGAGAAGUUCCGAGCAAUGCCGUGAUCGGUGGAUAUUCAGAGGGUGAUCGCGACACUCUUUACAUUUGCCGAGUCGUGACAAAAGAUGGUCACCACGCCAUUGGCAAGGUGCACCAUCGUUGCGAAAAUUCUUUUGUACCCUAUGAUGGCGUGGAGUUGUGUAAUGAUGUUUUUGAGAUACUGGUGAGGCUUUAAUGGAAUCAUAUCUACAUUUGGCGCACCUCUUUCCUAUAUUAUACAUUGUAAUCAGUGUGUACGCAUAAAUACUUUUGGGAAGUAAAUGAAUUUUGAAUGAAUUCAUACAAUAUUUUC